GCGGUGGCCCGAUUGGCUGGAGUGCAGUGUCCAUGGCUAGCCACUGGGGUAGGGGCUUUGUCCAGCUCAGAGCAAGGCGAGGCCCUCCCGGCAUCCACGUGGUAGUGGCAGAGAGGCAGUGGCAGCCAGGGAGGCAAGAUGGUCGCAGGGUCACGUGCCGCCAGCGGGCCUGGCGGGGUGUAUAGGGCAUAGACUCUUAGGGAGAUUGCAGCUCCUCUGUCACCGCAGGACUUUAGUGGAAAACACACUUCACAUUUAUGGCGAUUCCGAAUUUGAGAGUCAAUUUCUGCCAGGCUCAGCACAGCAAUUUCCCUAACAAGUAACCUUGGGGACUCUAUGGGCCGUAUUCAACUGCACCUUGAAGACUCUGGACACCGAUACUGUCCUCAAAAGUAACUGCAAGUAUAUUUCCUUUAAUGAGAGGUAAAAUCAAGCAUCAAGUAAACACGGGUGGAAGACAAUCCCCACUGUUGUCUUACUAGUGUCUGAAUGUAGGCGGUGUAGAUGAGCUCCGUAUGUAGCUGGAAGUUUCUGAAGUUUGAAAGUAUCCAUCCAUCUGCAGAUGCUGAGGCCCAGACUGAAUUCGAAUGAAUUUUAAAUACUUCUGCCUAUCUUGGAGAAGCUUCCUACAGAGUAAAUAAGCUGAAUAAAGAACGAUAAUAGACCUUUUGGUGAUCUUAAUGUUUUCGCUUGCCCACCACGCUCGCAGGCACACUCUCAUUUGCCACAAUGAAUCAUGCAGCCCCCGUGGAGAUCUGCUAUGAGAACAUGCGUUUCCUGAUAACUCACAGUCCCACCAACGCUACGAUGCAAAAGUUCAUAGAGGAACUUAAGAACUAUGGAGUGAAAAUCCUAGUCAGAGUUUGUGAUGCCACCUAUGAUAAAGCUCUAGUUGAAAGCCGUGGCAUCCGUGUUCUAGACUUGCCCUACAACGACGGAGCCCCACCCCCUGAUAAUGUAGUGGAUGAUUGGCUGAACCUGAUAAAAAACAAAUUCCGUGAGGAGCCAGGUUCCUGUGUGGCAGUGCACUGUGUGGCAGGACUGGGAAGGGCUCCUGUGCUGGUGGCACUUGCUUUGAUCGAAUGUGGUAUGAAGAAUGAAGACGCAGUUCAUUUUAUCCGACAGAAACGAAGGGGCGCAUUCAACACCAAACAGCUGCUUUUCUUGGAGCAAUAUCGACCCAAGAUGCGAACCAGGUCGCGAUCGCGCUUCAGGGAUUCCACGGUGCACUGCUGUGUUCAGUAGGAUGCAAGCAAAGGCUAUCUUCAACUGUGGCCUUGAGCCGGAUCUCUUGGCACCUGGAAUGCGAUUCUGGAAUCUUCCUUGUGUCAUCAAUGAGUAGUGGAUUCAACUAAUUGCCGCCCAAACCAACAAUGGAGAAAUCCCUCUAUAAAGCGAAUAAAUUAAGAAAAGAAAUAAAAUUAGAAGGAAAAAACUAACCCGUUCCAGAACAACAGCAAAGAAAACCUGAACCCUGAGUCUGGCUCCUGCAUGCUAAAAGCACUCCCACCAUCUGCCAUGCUAUUACACAACCAAGAGACCUCACUAGAGACUGGCAACUAUGAGGUUACUUAAUCUUGAGCUUUCAUCCUCCGCAACUGUCACCUAAAUAAAAUCUCUUGAUAAAUC